AUGUACGCGUCGAAGCGCCGGCAGCGGAACUUUAAAAGAGUCCGCGAGCCUCAGCGCCAGAGCGGCACCUCAAAUCCAUCGAAACGGCAUCGAGAACGGCUAAACGGGGAGAUUGAGACUGUGGCCUGUCUUCUACCGUAUGACGCGGCAACGAUUUCACGGCUCGAUAAGCUGUCGAUUUUGAGGCUGGCCGUCGCGUAUCUUCAGGUCAAGGCACAUUUUACAGCGUGCGUCCACUCGUCAUGCGGAUUUCCGGCACCUGUUCUCCCCCUCCUCUUCACCCAUGCCUAUCAAUUUAUGCCAACCCCAAAUCCUUUUUCGGGCCAUAUCCCGACAUUAGUCGAUUCGGCUUCCGGUAUUCCGUUGAUCGACAGCGAUGAGCGGUUCUUUGAGUCAAUUUCAAUGAAGGCGCUCGGCGGCUUCGUGCUGGCGCUGAACAACGAGGGCGAGGUGUUCUACGUGUCCGAGAAUGUCGAGUCAUUUCUCGGUUUCCACCAAUCUGAUCUGCUCCAUCAGCCCCUGUUCGAGCUUAUUCAUUCCGAAGAUCGAGAAGAUAUCCGAAUGCAGCUUGAUCCGGGUUACGGCAUGCCGGCAGGAUGUUCGACGGUACAAGAUUUGUUAGGGACAGAUAACCUCCACUGCCUCGAGCGCUCUGUAAACGCUCGUUUUCGAUGCCUCCUCGACAACACUUGCGGAUUUCUGCGGAUGGACAUGAGGGGAAAGCUGUUGUCCCUUCAUGGGUUGCCAUCAUCAUUCCUUGGAGCACGACCACAAUCUGCCCUCCUUGGUCUCGUCGCGAUUUGCACCCCGUUCGUCCCUCCAAACAACGGCGAGCUACCUAGCGAAGACACGAUCCUAAAAUCCAAACACCAACUCGAUUGCACCCUCAUUAGCAUGGACCCGAGGCUCCACGAACUGCUCGAACUCUCCGAGAACGAGCUCCCGACCCCGUUCUACAGUUUGGUACACCCAGAAGAUGCGAUAUGCCUGGCCGAAGCUCAUAAAGAAGUGGUGAAAAACGGCUCCUCUGGGCUGCUGAUCUACCGACUGUCCGCACAAAAAUCCGGGCGGCUCUACUACGUCCAAUCCUCGUGCCGGAUGUUCUUCAAAAACGGCAAGGCCGACUCGAUCGCGUUGACGCAUCGGAUACUCAACGAAGUCGAGGGAACGAUGCUCCUCGAAAAGCGCUCCUCCCUCAAGGCCAAGCUGCUCUCAUUCGACGACUCACUCCUCCAAUCCCCUCGCAAUCUACAGUCAGCUGCUGCUCUACCAUCAAUUUGUGUCCCUUCAACGAGCCGUGAAUCUCCGGAUGAAGAAACGAGCCGUUCAGAAGCCACGUUACCGUUCCUCCUCCGCCUCAAAAAGCCCCAUCCAAUUGCCCGUCACGCGGAAACGGAAGGCAAAGCGGCAAAUGGCCAGGGUCGACCGGAAAUUUCGGAGCAGAAAGCCGUGGUGUUGGAGCAGACGUGGAUACCGCCGAUACAACAGAUAAAUCCGCAGCAACCCUGGAACGAGGAGAACCACCAAAUGCUACCCAGAAUGCCGGACGUCAUGCAGUGGACCACCCCGGAAUGGGUGACUUGUGGAGGGCUAUAUACUGGGAAUUUCGCGAUGCCAUGCCCUCCAUUUAUGCCGCAUUUCCCGGAACUUCCUUCACUGGACAACCAUUGGCAGCAGAAUGAAAUGCUAAUCGCCCCUUCUCUACCUCAUAUGGACGAUCCUCACAUGAUCAAGCCACACCCAUUCAUCCCGUACCCGCUGGGGGAAAAGGUAGGAAAUCUUACCAAGGCGAAAAAACGU